AUGGAGAGGAAGGUAGAAAGGAUGGAUUCCACUGCAGACGACAGUUCUGAAACAGAAACUGUUUUAAGUAUUCUGAAAGAUUUGAUGACAUGCUUAAAGCAUGUUGUAGUUGCAUUGUGUGUGAGUGUAUGGAGAUUUUUCAUUUCACCGCCAAGAAAAUGUGUAAAAAAUGAAAUUGUACUAAUCACAGGUAGCGGAUCGGGGAUCGGCAGACAAUUAGCAGAAGAAUUUGCUAAACUUGGAGCAAUUCUAGUUCUUUGGGAUAUUCAGGAACGGACAAAUUUAGAGACAGCAGAAUUAGUUCGACAAGCUGGCGCACAAUGUUAUUGUUACAUUUGCGAUGUUGGAAAUCGUGAUGAUGUUUACAAAACAGCCAGAAGAGUGAAACAAGAAGUUGGUGAUGUGACUAUUUUAGUAAACAAUGCAGGUGUUGUUAGUGGAAAAAAAUUGAUUGACAUUCCCGAUCAUCAGAUAGAAAAAACAAUCAAUGUCAACCUACUGGCACAUUUCUGGACUGUCAAAUCAUUUCUGCCUACGAUGAUGAGGAGGAAUCGGGGCCAUGUUAUAACAGUGGGAAGUUCGACUGGUUUAGUAGGACUUAAUAAACUCACAGACUAUAGUGCAUCUAAAUUUGGAGUGGUCGGCUUCUCCGAGGUGCUUAAUUACGAGGUGAUCUAUGGCGGCUAUGAUGGGGUUAAUACAACAUUAAUCUGUCCCUCGUUUGUCAAUACUGGACUAUUUCACGGUUGUAAAAUGAAAUUUCCAUGGUUACUACCAGCUCUUGAAACAAGGGAAACUGUUGAUCGAAUGAUGCAAGCUAUUCUUACGAAUCAGAAAAUGAUUUGCAUCCCACGUUCUGUCUACUUCCUGUCAACAUUGAAAAUGAUUUUACCUGUCGAUGCCUUCAUAGAAGUAAAGAAGUUUUUUGGUGCUGCUUCUUUUAUGGAUACGUAUGUUGGCCGUAGCAAGAAAUUACAUUCUCACACGCAUGGGACUAAUGGAACAAAUGGAUUUCAUUCUGAUUGAUAGCAACAGAUGUGUGAUGAUAAUUUAUUUUACUGUAUGUUGCAUUUAAAUUACCUUAAAGGUAUACAUUAGAUAUAUCCUUUAAACCAGAGCAAACU